AUGGCGUCGGACUUACAACCACCCAACGAUCGUAAGCGGGUCAAGGUCUACGAGCUGAGGGAUAAUGACUGGUUUGACCGAGGGACUGGGUUCUGUAUGGGACAGAUUCUCGACGAUGAACCGCGAAUAUUCGUUCAGUCGGAGGAUGAGCCCGAUCGGGUGCUCCUCGAGACGAGAAUCACGAAGGACGAUGGCUAUCAGAAGCAGCAAGAGACCCUUAUCGUAUGGACAGAGCCUAAUGGAACGGACAUGGCAUUGAGUUUUCAGGAAGCGGACGGCUGCGCGGCUAUAUGGAAUUUUGUGAAUAAUGUCCAACAACACCUACACAGCUUGGCAGCAGCAGACGAUGCCUUAUCCGACGACCUCGAGAGCUAUCAGUCAAUCAUGCUACCUCCGCCUGAGCUUGGGAAUCUUCCGGAAAUCGAUCACAUCAUGAGGGCAGCCAGCGUCACUCAAGCCGGUCGCGACGCGCUGUCAAAAUUUGUCAUUAGAGACGAGUAUAUUCCGAAACUAAUACCUUUAGUCACUGUCGCAGAGGAUCUAGAGAGCCUUCCGGAUUUGCAUCGACUUUGCAACAUAAUGAAAUCGCUUAUUCUCCUCAAUGACAACACUAUUAUUGAGACAGUCGUUACCGAUGAUAUUAUUCUGGGAGUGGUCGGGGCAUUGGAAUACGAUCCCGAAUUUCCUACCCACAAAGCCAAUCAUCGUCAAUAUCUCGCAGAUCAGAGCCGUUACAAGGAAGUCGUUCCCAUAAAGGAUCCCAUCAUUCGCCGCAAGAUCCGCUACACAUGGCGCCUACAAUACCUGAAAGAUGUUGUGUUGGCUCGAAUACUGGAUGACCCGACAUUCUCUGUCCUCAACUCUCUGAUUUUCUUCAAUCAGGUGGAGAUAGUGAAUCACAUUCAGUCGAAUGGACCCUUCUUGAAAGAACUCUUCUCGGUUUUUGACCCUCGGAAUACAGAUUUGAAGCGCAAAGAUGAUGCUGUGCAAUUCCUUCACCAGUGCGCUGGAAUCGCGAAGAAUCUACAGGCUCCCGCGCGCGCCAAUCUGUUUGCGAACUUCAUCAAUCACGGCCUUUUCGCCGUCAUUGCCUUUGCCAUCAAACAUCUUAACCCAGCCAUGCGCACUACAGGAGUCGAUCUCCUUGUAGCUCUGCUUGAUCACGAUCCAAUCAUGAUGCGCGGAUAUAUGCUCAAGGCCGUCAACGAAAAGAAAACACCCCUUACCGAUACUCUGAUCGAUCUCCUGCAUGCCGAAUCUGACCUUGGUGUGAAGAAUCAGCUCGCAGAUGCGAUCAAAGUUCUAUUGGAUCCUCAAAUUCCUUUGCAGGAUGCCAUGGGUCGGGCUGGUCCCGAAUAUUUCUCGAAAUUUCGUCCUAAUAUUCUCUCGGAUGCGUUCAUGCAGAAUCACUUUGAUGAAUCCGCUAGAAGACUCUUUCUUCCCCUCAGACGGCUUGAGAAUCGCGCCGACUUUAACGAUCUCACGUUUCAAGAAGUAGCCCUAUAUUCACAUCUGGUUGAUAUCCUCACAUUCUUCGUCCGUCAACAUCUCUAUCGAAGCCGUAAUGUCAUUCAUAACGAGGGCCUUGCGCCCCGAAUCGCCCAGUUACUUGGAGUUCCUCAGAAACACCUCAAAUUAACCGCUUUGAAGUUCUUCCGCACCUUGGUCAGCCUGCAAGACACAUUCUAUCAGGCGUUAAUGACGCACAACAACACUUUUGGGCUGAUCCUAGACAUUGUCUACGAAACCAUGCCUCGCGACAACCUCCUCAACUCAGCAUGCCUUGAGCUCUUUGAGUUCAUCAAACGAGAGAAUAUCAAACCCAUUGUUCUUCACAUUGUUGAAAAAUACCGUGAGAAGAUCAAGGAUAUCACUUAUGUUGACACCUUUCAGAAUCUGAUUCUGCGCUACGAGCAGAUGCAAGGCUAUGGAGCAGAGGCGGACUCAACUCUUUUUUCACAAGAAGAGGAAGCGCGAAAAUUACAGGCGAAUGGCCAACGCUGGCAAGGGGUCAAGGAGAUGGAUGCUGCUGAAGAGGAAUACUUCAACACAUCCGAUGACGAAGAUGAGUGGCAGCAAGAGAAUCGUGUUCAUGGUGCUGUCGUUGUCAACGCGCAGAAUGGUGCAGCUUCGCCAGUAGUGAAACCCUUGGUUGAUUAUCCAGACGAUGAUGAAGAUGAGAAUGCCAUGGACACAAAGCCGGAAGCCGACGAAUUCCAGGCGCAGCCAACACCACAGGAAGAGGAUGCGACUGCCGAUAUCUCGUUGGAGACGCAGUCUACUCCGGUUUCUCUAAGCAAGACUCCUCCGGAACGCCUAUCAGAGAAGCGUCGGCGCGAAGAGGAGGAUGACGAUGAAUUGGUCAAGCUAACCUCAGGGCCAAAAAGGAGGAGCUCUACGAGCAGCAGCUCUGGCAGUGCAGGUCUUCUACGGAGAAAGCGAGGCAUGUCAAUUGGGACUCUUUCUACUGCCGAAAAGGGAUCAACUCAGAAUGUUUCGGGUGGUUUGGGUGGCGCAGCGCCUAAACGAAUCGCUAUCAACCUCGGUCCCGCAGUCAAGCCAGCUACAUCAGAAACUGAGUCGAACGAUUCGACCUCAAGUCAUACGAGCAAUGAGAAAGAAAACCUAGUUGACAGGGUGAAAGAAGAGGCUUGA